ACCACGGAUUUCUGGCCGUUGUGUGUGUGUGUACGUGUGUGGUGUGUUCGGCUGCUGCCACAAGUACUACAGUAGUAACUAAAAGUUACUUUGUUGAGGACCUCACAAUUUGGUUCCUCAGUUGGGCGGAAACCUGGACUUCGGAAAGCCCAAGACCUCCAGAGGUCAUCUAAUCUUCUCACCCGGACAUGCGGCUCUACAUUGACGGAGCGUGGCUGGACCUGUCCAAGUGGGGUCCUUCUCAUCCAGGUGGUGAGAAAAUUUUGAAAAGAUUCGAUGGCAAGGACGCCACAGAUGCCUUCUUCGCCUUGCACAGCAAGGAUGCCUGCAAGCGCCUUACCAAGCUACAAGCCGCUCAAUCAGUUGCUGUAAAAGCCAUGCCCGUACCCAGAGGAGCGGAAUGCAGUGAUCUGGAUAAGGCGUAUCAUGAACUUCGUGAUCGUCUGGAGCGGGAAGGAUGGUUUGAACGCAGCUUCCUGCACGAGUUUCGAUUGAUCAGCACUAUCGCUGUGUUGGUAAUUGUUGGCACAUGCCUGGCAUGGCAAUGUCCCGUCUUGUCCGCAGUUUUGUUGGGCUUGGCCAUGCAGCAGUCCGGCUGGCUGGGCCACGAUAUGUGCCAUUCAAGAAACUCAGCAUACUGUGACAAGGUUGGGCCCUGGCUGAGUGCUGUGGUAGCCGGCCUGGAUGAUGGCUGGUGGUCAGAGAAACACAACACCCACCACGUACUGACCAACCACGUGGGCAUCGACCCGGACAUUGACAACCGGCCGUUCCUGUUCCUAUGGGCCCCGCCGAAGUCCAUGGACACUGCCAUGCGCCCGUUCCAACACAUCUACUUCCUCAUGCUUUACUCGUUGCUGUACGUAUCCUGGAGGAUACAGUCAGUACAGCGGAUAUGGGCUGGUGGCGACAAGUUCGAGAUGGCACGCAUGUCCAUAAACUAUAUCUGGCUGCUAUGCUUACCAUUGAGUGUGUCAAUUAUGUCUAUUUUAAUCAGCGGCUUUCUGGUUGCCAUUGUUGUAACACUGUCGCAUGAAAGCGAGGACAUGAAGACGUCUCAUGAGCCCAGCUUCGUCAAGAACCAAUUUGAAACGACGCGCGACAUCGUGUGCCCGGACCCCGUGACCGAGUGGCUGUUUGGUGGCAUGCAGUAUCAACUGGAGCAUCAUCUCUUCCCGACGCUGCCGCGCUACAAGUACUGGCGCCUUGUGCCGGUCGUGCGCCGCUGGGCCAAGGACAAUGGCAUCGAGUACCGUGCCGACGGCCUGUGGGGCAUGCUCUGCAUGCACGUCAACACGCUCAAAUCCGUCGGUAGCACCCCGGCAAGCGACAAAUCACUGGACGCUCUCUCGGACUGGUAGCAGGUACUGGUACUGGCUGUUGAAAUGACUUGUGUACUUCCAGAACUGUAGACGGCAGGGUCACACCAGGGGAUUCCCCACCUCUCCUCCAACUCUUGAGGCGGCGGUGAUUCACCAAGCGAAUUGAUGUCCAGCCCUGGCGACUCACCAAGCGAAUCGAUGUCAAGCCCUGGCGACUCACCAAGCGAAUUGAUGCCCAGCUCUAGAGAUUGGUUUGCCAGAACAGGUUUCCCACCUCUACUCCGACUCUUGAAGGCGGCGGCGAUUCUCCAAGCGCUAUUUAUAAUUCUGCCUAGCUUAGACUAGAGACUGGUGUGCCAGAUCAGGCUGCUAAGGAGAUUGUGAGUUUCGCCGUUGUUCUACCUGCCAGAGGCCGCUGCGCCGCUAACUGUUAGGCACCGAGCAAGAGUGCCAUAGGUUGUAGUUUUCAUUGCAGGACGGUUCUAUUUUCUCUCUCCCUCCCUCUUUCUCUUUCUCCUACUUAGCUUUGUCUUGCUAAGGACCGGAAUGUAGCCAGAACAAUGUGUUCAGGCGCAGUGCAGACCCGGCGAGUUCCUGUGCGUGAGUGUGGGUCUGGGUGGAUGUGGGUGGGUGAGUGUACCGUAUGAUGCGGUGAUAUGUGCAGUCAAUUUCCAAUCGAGAGGUACAUUGCAGGUUCAAUUUCCAACGAUUCUCCUUCUCAUUCUCCUGUAGCUCUUCAAUCAUUCUGCUGAGUCA